UUGUGUGUGUGUGUGUGUGUGUGCAUAGAAAAUCCAAGUCUCAACUCAACGAAAUGGCAAGCAAAUUCUUGACAGCUCUCUCGCUUCUGGCCCUCAGCGGCAGCUCCUUGGGCGGCUUUGCGGCCACCUACUCGGGCUUCCAUCCUGGCUAUGCCACCUACCAGGCGGCACCAGCGGUUUACCAUGCCGCUCCCGCUGCUGUCUACCAACAGGCGGUGGCCGCUCCAGUCUUCGCCAAGUCCUAUGCCGUGCCCUCGCCCUUUGUCAAGGCCGUCGCUCCAGUUGCCACCUACGCAGCCGCUGCGCCCGUUGCCGUCCCCGCGCCCGCUCCUGCUGCCGUGGUGAAAACUGUUGCUGCCGCUCCUUUGGCGCCCGUUGUCAAGCAGGUGGAGCUGGAGUCGUCGCCUCGCUACGAUUUCUCCUAUGGCGUGCAUGACUCCCUCACCGGCGAUAUCAAGAGCCAGGUGGAGAGUCGCAAUGGUGGCAAUGUGGUUGGCUCCUACAGCGUGCUCGAUGCCGAUGGUUACAAGCGCACCGUCACCUACACAGCCGACGACCUCAACGGCUUCAAUGCGGUGGUGCAGCGUGUGCCCCUGGUGGCUGCCCGCGCCCUGCCCGUGGCUGCCCGCGCUCUGCCCGUGGCUACCGUGGCAGCUGCACCUGUGACUCAUCUGCCCGCGCCCAUCUACUACCCCCAGGCACAGCAGCAGCUCUUCCAGCAGCAGCUGUUCCAGCCACAGCAGCAACAAGUGAACGUCGAACAGGAGAGCGAAGUGGUCGAGGCACCACGUCAGCCCGAACAGGAGCCAGCACCUGUUGAUUACUCGGAGCAGCAGCAACAACAGCAGCAGCAGCAGCAGCAGGUUUACCCACAGGAUCAGCAGUUCCCACCCUACCCAUCCGCUUCGCCCGCUCCUGCUGGCGAUUCGGACAGCGAUGUGGUUGAGGCCCGCUCCGCGCAGGAGUCAAGCAGCACCACCGCUGCUCCAGCUGCCGCCACCGAGGAGGAGAACAAGAAGAACCAGGACAACAACCCUCUUUUGCAAUUUGAGGCUGCCUGGGCUUUGACCAACAUCGCAUCGGGCACCUCGGAUCAGACACGCUGCGUUAUCGAACAGAAUGCCGUGCCGCAUUUCAUAGCGCUGCUGCAGUCGAAGUCGCUUAAUCUCGCCGAGCAGGCCGUCUGGGCCUUGGGCAACAUUGCCGGCGAUGGCCCGGCUGCGCGUGACAUUGUAAUCCAGCACAAUGUCAUCGAUGGCAUUUUGCGUUUAAUCAAUAAUGAGACGCCGCUGUCGUUUCUCCGCAACAUUGUCUGGCUGAUGUCGAAUUUGUGCCGCAACAAGAAUCCGUCGCCGCCCUUUGACCAGGUGAAGCGCCUGUUGCCGGUGCUGUCGCAGUUGCUGGUCUACCAGGAGGAUAUACAGGUGCUGGCCGAUGCCUGCUGGGCCUUGUCCUAUGUGACGGACGAUGAAAACAACAAGAUACAGGCAGUCGUCGAUACGAAUGCAGUGCCCCGUCUGGUGCAGCUGUUGCAGACUGAUGAGCCCAGCAUCAUUGUGCCGGCACUGCGGAGCGUGGGCAACAUUGUGACCGGAACGGAUCAGCAGACCGAUGUGGUUAUAGCCGCUGGUGGCUUGCCCAAGCUUGGCAUGCUCUUGCAGCACUCCAAGGGCAACAUUGUGAAGGAGGCUGCCUGGACCGUGAGCAACAUCACGGCUGGCAAUCAGAAACAGAUUCAGGCUGUCAUCGAUGCGGGCAUCUUUGUGCAAAUACGCCAUGUGCUCGAGAAAGGCGAUUUCAAGGCACAAAAGGAGGCCGCCUGGGCUGUGACCAAUACCACCACUUCGGGCACACCCGAGCAGAUUGUUGAUCUGAUCGAAAAGUACAAGAUACUGAAGCCAUUUAUUGACUUGCUCGAGGCCAAAGAUCCGCGAACAAUCAAAGUGGUCCAGACUGGCUUGUCCAAUCUGUUUGCGCUCGCCGAGAAGCUGGGCGGCACAGAGAAUCUGUGCCUCAUGGUCGAGGAGCUUGGCGGUCUCGACAAACUGGAAGCAUUGCAGCAGCAUGAGAACGAGGAGGUCUACAAGAAGGCCUACGCCAUAAUAGAUACAUACUUCAGUGCUGGCGACGACGAGGCCGAAAAGGAGCUGGCGCCACAGGAGGUCAAUGGCGCACUGGAGUUCAACGCCACGCAGCCCAAGGCACCAGAGGGCGGCUACACCUUUUAACAC